UCUACCAUCGCCACGAAAAAGACAAUUUUCGUGCUUUAUUAAAAAACAGGAAUUGCUGGAGGAUUUUUGGCGUAAUUUUUGUGUUUAGAAAAAAAAUUAAUUAGGACUAGGUGGAAUUAUCUAAUUCGACUUUUUCUUUUGCUCUUAUAACCAUCGUUAGAUAUUUCUUGAAUCGUUGUAAAACAUUUUUUUGAAUUCCCUAUAAUACAAAAUGGUCUCGGAAACGAAAGGAUCUUUCCAAGUCAAGGCUGGACUUGCUCAAAUGUUAAAGGGCGGUGUUAUUAUGGACGUCGUGAAUCCCGAACAAGCUCGCGUUGCUGAAUCUGCUGGUGCUUGCGCUGUUAUGGCUUUGGAGCGUGUUCCUGCCGACAUUCGUGUCCAAGGUGGCGUUGCCCGUAUGUCUGAUCCUACCAUGAUCAAGGAAAUCCAAGCUGCUGUUUCUAUACCUGUCAUGGCUAAGGUUCGUAUCGGCCAUUUCGUUGAGGCCCAAAUUCUUGAAAGCAUCGGCAUUGACUAUAUCGACGAAUCUGAAGUCUUGACUCCUGCCGAUGAUGUCUACCAUGUCGACAAAACAAACUUCACAGUUCCUUUUGUCUGUGGUAGCCGUAACUUGGGCGAAGCUCUCCGCCGUAUUUCUGAAGGCGCUGCCAUGAUCCGUACUAAAGGUGAAGCUGGUACUGGUGAUGUUGUAGAGGCCGUUCGUCACACUCGUCAAAUGCAAGGUGAACUCCGCCGUGUCAAAUCCAUGGCUCCUGAAGAGCUUUAUACUUUCGCCAAAGAAAUUGGUGCUCCUAUUGACCUUGUCCGUGAAUGUGCUCGUUUGGGUCGUUUGCCCGUUGUCAACUUUGCUGCUGGCGGUGUUGCUACCCCUGCCGAUGCUGCUAUGAUGAUGCAGCUUGGUUGUGACGGUGUCUUCGUUGGCUCUGGUAUCUUCUUGUCCGGUGACCCAGCUAGACGUGCUCGCGCCAUCGUUCGCGCUGUCACUCAUUAUAAUGAUCCUAAGAUUUUGGCUGAAGUCAGCGAAAACCUUGGUGCUGCCAUGGUUGGUAGAAGCGUCCUUUCCUUGGAAGAGAAUGAGAAGCUUGCUACUCGUGGUUGGUAAACAGGAAAUCGCUUUGCUUCUAUUGUAUUCUAAUUAGACAUCUACCGAUACUUAUUAUUCUAAUUUCAUAAUCUCGUUUUUGGUCUGUUUUUUUUCUUUUCUAAUUCGUUCCAAAAUAGUCUUAAGUUUUUCUAUAGAAACGCAAAGUUGCAUUAAUUAAUUUUUGCUUGCCUUUUGGGGGCGUGACGAAUAAGGCCUUGGUUUUUGAAUCAUAAUUUACUACAGAGAAAAGUUUAUGUCUUUCCUGUGAAUCAUAGCAAUUUAGCACUGUAAAUAAAACACAUAAAUGUAUGGAAAAUAAAAA